AUGUCUCUUCCUGUUCGAUACUCUCUUCCUCAGCGACCUGCCGUCGUGAGCGCGGUGGCCAUCGCUGCCUGGUACUUUGGGCGCGAGAACCCCAACUUUGCCAACAUCUUUGGCGGCACGGCCAACCUGGACAAGUGGGCGCACCUCAUCGCUCGCAUCCACGUCGCCGAAGCCGGUGCCAUGCUCCUCUACACGCUCUACCGCGGCGCCGACCUGGUGACCUCGGUCAAGUGGACGCUCACCCAGCUCGUCAUCGGCUUCCCUGCCUAUUUCCACUUCAAGAAGAUCAACAACUAG